AUAACCCCAGAGGAGAGGAUAAGCUUGAUGAAGCAGGAGCCUCAGGACAUCACAGUGGACCAACAGCACAGCCAGCCUGCAUCGACACAGAUGAAGAGCCAAAGGAGGGCAUUGUAGAAGGGCCAAUAGCUACAAACGUUAGGUUUUGUAACCCUCGUGAAGAGACUGAAACCUUCAGAAAUAGAGAACCAGAUAUGGAAGAUCAGACCUUUGAUGAACAGGAUGUGGUUUCAGAUGGACAGGAGAGUCUUGCUGAAAGUUUAGAUGUCUUUGUUAAUAGGUCAAAAUUAGUCAGUCCUUCAGGACACUCCAAUGAUAUCUCAAGCUCAGUCAUGAACCAUACUGAAGGCGUAGAGUCUGACUCAGAUGACGGCUUUAGGAGUAUUCAGUCUGGGGGGAAAACACAAAAAAGAAAAGUUAACUCACAAAAAGUCAAAUGGAUCACAAAAGUUCAAAGUAAAAGAGAAAACUGGACAGCUCAAGGAAGAGAUGGCAAAUCAGCCACAGGCUCAGAAAAAGGAGCCCCAGACCAACUGGGAGCAAGUUGAGGCUACCAAAGCCAUAUUUGAGUUACUUAAGGAAAUAACUGGUAACUCAGUCCUCAUUGACAUUGUUGAUGCCAUUCUAAAAGCAGUCCAGCCUUUGGUAAAAAAGAAAAUAAACAACUUUUUAAAAAGGAUGCAUCCCACCGAAGCUCAGAUUGCAUCCUACAUUGACAAUUUCUGUGAGAAUGUAUGGCCAGAGGGAAAUGUGCCCAUCCAGCCGCCAUGUGACAGUGAGGAGAAACACGCGACCAAGGAGAAGGCUUUGCAGCUUAUAAAUUCAAAAUAUUCAAACUCUUUAAUCCUCAAGAAGACUGAUGUUGAAACUUUGUUCAAGAUCUUCCAGGACACAGAGGAGAAAAAGAAACUGGUUUAUGUGAGGGCUCUAGCUAAGAUUGGUAUGAAGUUAAAAUCCAUUUUGAAACGUAUAUCCAGAUUAACAUUUAAAUUCUUUGUGUGUGUGUGUAUGUCCAUAAAUGCUGCUGCCAUACGUUCUAGGGGAGUUCCUACCUGGAGAGCCUGCCUUCGGUUCAAUAGCUAAUCUAACAGUUAAGGAUUUUGUUUCCUAAUAGAAAGAAGAUAUUUUUUAUUGUAAUCUGUCUAAUGUUUUUUAAUGUUCAUGCUUUGAGAAGCAUGAACACUGAUAUUUUUACUUAACAAAAAUGCUAACCUCAGCAUUUUAACAAAUACACUGUAAUUAUGUUUCACUUCAACAAUGUUACAAUAUCUUGGGUGUAAAUUUUAAACUCAUAUUUGUUUUAAAUAUCACUAUAUGUAAGUUCACUUUUUGUUUUGUACCUUAAAAUUGUACACUGUGAAGAACUGAUUUUCUAUUUUAAUAAACAGCACAGGUUACUCAGGACAGAAUAGAUAAAGUCAUUGUGAUACUGAUCAAAAUUUUACAACAAGACUUAAUCCAUACUGGGUCGAUCUGUGAGGAAUGUAUU